GCUGCGAACCUGAUUAAACCUAGUGAUCAAUGCUCUGUCCUCCACCUGUGAACUUCCCAUCCUUCCCAUCCUGCCCAUCCUCUGUUGGCUUCCUCAGGGCAAUUCCUGGAAGAAGGAGUUUCCAACUGUCCCCGCUACAGGGGUUGGGGCUCAGGGAAGACUCCAUCUCCCGCUUCUGACCCGUGCCAGGGUGCGUGGCCCUUCCUGGUGAAACCGGUGCCGGUCUCUUCCAACCGGCCUCCCCUCCCUGGGCAAUCGGGAGCUGAGUGGAGCCAGCCCGAAUGAAGAGGGGCUCAGCAUCCUCACCGUCUCUGAGCAAUGGCUUCAGCCUGCCCAGCCUGACCAUCAGCGGAGCUCCAUCGUCCCCGUGUGGCAGCUUGGAGCCGACAUCCCGUCGCAGCCCGCACCAACCUGGGCAGGUCCACAGUCCCAGUGAGAUGCCACGUGCCACAGGAACUGUCCGUGUCUACCUUCCCAACAAGCAACGCACCGUGUCUAACCUGAGUCCCUCCGUCUGGCUUCACAGCGGAGCCUACCCUGAGCUUGAUGAUGGACCCUCACUGUCGCCCAUGCCCUCAGCCCCAAUGGACCAACUGCUGACCCCUCAGUCACCUGCAAGGCUUGCACCCCCGGCCUUCACCUUCCCGUGCCCCUGCCCGCCUGUCGAGGGGCAGCUACAACGACAACGUUCAACCUCCACCCCCAACGUCCACAUGUCCAGCACCAUUGCGCCAGUCAGCGUGAGUGAUGUCGAGAGCAACCCCGCCGUGUGUCUGUCUCUGUCUGACCCCGGAGCAACCCCGCCGUGUGUCUGUCUCCGUCUGACCCCGGAACAACCCCCCACCGUGUGUCUCUGUCUCCGUCUGGCCCCGAAGCGACCCACUCCACGCAGCAGCAAGCAGUCCCCGAGCCCCCCGCACUCGGCCUCGCCUCACGGUCCUCCGACCCCCCAGCCGAAAUCGCCGGUGACUCCGACCCGCGAGAGGAAGCUGUCGUCGCCGUCAGAUGAGCGGAGGAGAGUGCGCACUCGGCCCUACAGAGACUCCAGCAUCUACUGGGAGAUCCACAGCAGCGAGAUUGCCAUCCUGAAGAGGAUCGGGGCUGGCUCCUUUGGCACAGUCUACAAAGCCAAGUGGCAUGGCGACGUUGCCAUCAAGAUCCUGAAAGUGACGUACCCAACUCCAGAGCAGCUCCAGGCCUUCAAGAAUGAAGUGCUGGUCCUCAGGAAAACACGGCACGUCAACGUCCUCCUGUUCAUGGGCUUCAUGACCAAGCCUCAAAUGGCCAUCGUGACCCAGUGGUGUGAAAGUAGCAGCCUGUACCGUCACCUACACGUCCUGGAGACCAAAUUCGACACCUUCCAGCUGAUCGACAUUGCUCGGCAAACUGCGCAAGGCAUGGACUACCUUCACGCAAAGAAUAUCAUCCACAGAGAUCUGAAAUCAAACAACAUCUUCCUGCACGAGGGGCUGACUGUGAAAAUCGGAGACUUUGGGCUGGCUACGGUGAAAUCUCGGUGGAGUGGCUCCCAGCAGGUGGAGCAGCCAAGUGGCUCCAUUCUGUGGAUGGUAAGUUACAUGCCAUUGCCCAGGCCGGAGUGA